AUGCGAAGAACAGUAGAUCAGUGUCCUGCCGACAUCAUUCCAGCACUAUCAGGACGCCCCUUGCCCGAUCUCGAGUACGCUGACGAUGUUGUUAUAUUGGCGGAAAGCAGUACGAAACUUCAAUAUGUUGUCAACUUUGUAUCGAAACUGGCUGCAGCCUAUGGACUACGUCUAUGCCUUGAUAAAUGCAAGCAGAUGUGGAUUUCCUGGAGACCUUGA